AAAAAUCUCUAUAAACGGCACCUACUGGAAGUGCCGCUUUGUCACGCCCCUGUCACUGAGUUAUCUAUGAUUGGCCAGUGGCAGUGCCCCCCACCCCCAUGAUCUCCGGGUUUUUUAAAUUAUUAUUAUUUACAUAUGAGGCCCACCCCCCUAAGCCCGCCUACCGGUAGCUACGCAGAGCAACAGCAGUCCUACGAACGGAGGGGAAAGUAGGGCAUCGCGGUUCCGGAUUAAGUCAGGAGCUGCAGUGCAGGGAUUAUUCUGCUCGGCCGCAGGAUCCACCGUCAGCAGCAGCACUCCCAGAAGCGGCGGUAGAGAGGAGAGAGAGCUGCUGCUGGACGCAGAGUCUGGAGAGCAGAAGACUCACCCCCGACACCUGCAGGAUGAACCAGCGGCUUCCUGCUCCUCUCCUCCGGUGGCGUCAGUGACAGCGCUGCGUAGCCGACACUGGGGGAUGAGACUUCAUGACGUCUCAUCCCCUGAGAAGGCGAUGAGGAUUGAAACUCUACUGCGGGGGUCGGGACUCUGGAGCUGGAAAGCCUGCACCAAGGGUUGUAUGUAUAAAUGAGAGCUACAUCAUAAAAUAUGUCCAUCCGGGACCUGAUGAUGAAGAAGCAGCAGCAGAAGACUUUUAAGGUGAAAGUUUUAACAAUGGAAGCUGAAAUGGAAAUACACUGCGAGAUGGACUGGAAGGGAAAAGAUCUCUUUGAUUUGGUGUGCAGAAAUUUGGUAAUUAAAGAAACCUGGUUCUUUGGACUACAGUACAUGGCACAUGGAAUGGACACAUGGUUGAAUCUAGAUAAAAAGAUUUUACAGCAACAAAUCCCCAAGGAAGAUCCGGUGAAGUUUUCCUUGUUGGCAAAGUUUUACCCAGAAAAUGUGUCUGAGGAGCUUUUUCAGGACAUAACCCAGCACCUUUUUUUCCUUCAGGUUAAGAAACAGAUACUGGAUGAAGAAAUUAUUUGUUCUCCGGAGGCAUCAGUCCUUUUGGCGUCAUAUGCUGUCCAAGCCAAGUAUGGUGAUUACAACCCAAACAUUCACCAGCCUGGAUUUUUAUCCCAAGAUGAAUUAUUGCCAAAACGAGUCCUGCAGCAAUAUCAGCUGACUUCAGAGAUGUGGCAGGAGAAAAUAACAGCAUGGCAUGCUGGCCACAGAGGGAUGGAUAGGGACGACGCGGAGAUGAAUUACUUAAAACUUGCACAAGACUUGGACAUGUAUGGCAUGAACUACUUUCCAAUAUCAGAAGCUAAAAAUGAUUCUGAUAUCCUACUUGGUGUGAACGCAAAGGGGAUCCAUAUAUACAGUAAAAAUAACAAAUUAUUACCAUUAGAAUCUUUCAAAUGGAGUGACAUCAGAAAUAUAUCUUACAAUUACAAGAAAUUAAAAUUUACUCCAGUUGACAAAAAAGCUGAAGCUUUCAAAUUCUAUUCUAGAGACCAUAAAGUGAAUAAACUGAUCUUGCACCUAUGCAUUGGAAACCAUAAUUUAUUCCUGACUAAAAGAAAGGUGGACUCACUUGAGAUGCAGCAGAUGAAAGCACAAGCCAAGGAAGAAAAAGCCAGGAAAAAGAAAGAACAUGAUAGACUGGUGAUUGAGAAACAGCUCAGAGAAGAGGCAGAGAGAGCUAAAGAGGAGCUAGAGAGAAGACUGUUCCAGCUGGAGGAGGAAGCAAGACAAGCCAACGAGGCUCUCCUUCGGUCUAAUGAAACAGCUGAGUUGAUGGCUGAGAAGGCUCAGAUCGCAGAGGAUGAAGCAAAGCUUCUAGCUCAGGAUGCAGUAGAAGCCAGACAAGAGCGGCAGCGCCUGGAGAUGGCGGUACUGGAUAGCAAAGAAGAGAUGCUGAUGAUGGAGAAAAAGAUGAGAGAAUCUGAUAUGAUCACUAUGAAACUACUCAAGGAGUCUGAUAGGAGAGCUAAGGAAGCAGAGCUUUUAGAACAGGACCUGAACAAAGCCAGAGAAGCUGAGCGGAUAGCAAAACAAAGGCUCCAAGAACUGGGGACUGUUUGCCAUCCCCCUUCCACAAAAGUUCUUCUGCAGAAUGCGAUAGAAGGGGGAUCCGAUAAUAAGACACUGCGGCAGGAUGUAGAUACAGACUACAAGAGGUUAUCACUGGAGAUUGAAAGAGAAAAGAUGGAAUACCUUGAAAAAAGCAAACAGCUAGAAAAUCAACUAAAAGAGUUGAAAUUAGAAAUUCAGGCCCUGAAACAGGAGGAUCGAAAACUGAGUAUGUUCCCUGUGUGGAAUGAUAACCUCAGAUCCAGUUAUAAUUUAUAUGGCAGUGGGACGCUGGAGUAGAAUACCAUGGAGACGUCCCAGAGCUUCCCAAAUGGUCGGGAAAGCACUGAGAAUUCCGGAAACUGCACAGUCAAGCCAAAACUCAACCCCACAACCGAGAGAAUUGUGGAGUGUGACAAAAGGAUGCCAGGCAACCUAAUAUGCAGUAUGACCCAGAGGCAACCGGUACAGAAAACCACCAAGAUAAGUGUCAGAUAUCAUGCCGAGACUGGCCAGGAAGGUACUGAAAAAAAGGUGGAGCCAUGAUGUUAUUCAAAGAUCGAAACCCCAAUCGUGCCCUAAAAGGCAUAUAGACUGCAGAGGCUAGCCAGAAGGAUUGCAACCCAGCAAUCUCAAUCGAACGCCGAAGGAGGAACGCGGAACGUUGAAGGCCCGCAACGCGCCUAGCAAACAGCUGAAUGUACGGCAGUGCUUAUGGUAGAGAAGACAGAUGCGCGAGUCUUUCCUUAAAGAAGCGGAGUCAGAGACCUGUAACUUACAGAACUGGAACGGAAAAGGGGCCACCACCACAAGUAUGCCCCCCCAGGCCACAUAUGCCGUCCGUCAAUCUAGGAGUGGCUGGACUAAAGGCGUCAUGUGUCCACAGACACAGUAGAGUAACCACCACGGAAUGCCACAUUUUCGUCCUGAUUUCCACAAAAAGAAGAAUGUCAAAGGGAAUGGUGCUCCUUUCUGUUCUUUAUGUUCCUCAAACAAAGAAAAAAUUAAAAUAACAUCAUAGCGUAGUAUGUCUCUUGUAUAUAAUUAGACACCAUAUGUGAAAAAGACUCCAGUACUUGAGGUGUGUAUAUAGAGAAGAUGCCCAU